AUGUCUCCCUCCAAGGUGGAAAAACAAGAGGAAGAGGAGGCAGAAGAAGAGCUUUCUCCGGAGGAGAAGAGAGUGUUGGAACGAAAGCUGAAGAAGGAACGCAACAAAGCGCAGAAGAAACUCAUGCGGGAAGCGACGGUUGGGGCCCAGAAGAACCAGCCUCCGAAGCCCUCGGGGGCAGAGUUGGCCCUGGACUAUUUAACUAGCUGGUCCGCGAGUCCCCAGGGCUGGAGAUUUCAGAAGACGAGGCAGACGUGGCUUCUUCUGCAUAUGUAUGACAAAGAAAAGGUCCCCGAUCAAUACUUCUCCAUUUUGCUGCGGUAUCUGGAAGGACUUCAAGGCCGGGCCCGAGACACGACGGUGCAGAAAGCAGAAGCUCUGAUGAAGGAAUACGAUCAAUCAGAAAUGGAAGAUGAUCUCCUGGAAGGCCAGCGUGACCGUCUCCGCAAAGUUCUGCAGUUGCUCUCUUGACUUUCGAUUUCUUUAAAUCCUCCUAUCGGCUUAA